AACGCGAGUACGAGUUUGCACGCGUGUCUGUCCCUCCAGCGAGGCCCGUCGGAAGCAACAAGUGUGCAUAGAUGUGAAUUCGACAGUCGGCAUCGUCGACGAUCGCUCUGUUGGUGUCAAAUGCGGCAAAAGCGACGGCCGUCGGCGAUGUAGCCUCGAGUGAUGACGGGUCCAAGUGAUCGAUUGGUGCUGCGGUGACACUCCGGGUUAAGUGUCUUUAAUGUAAACAGGAGGAUUUUGUUUGCUUGUUAAAUAGGCGAGCAAACAGCAGUUUCUUAAUCAAACCGUACCACGUCGGAGAGCAAAUCGUAGAAUGUAGCAAUCGAAACUGACAUAUCAAAUGAAGUGGUGAUAAAGUUUCGUUUCAAAGACAGGUGACUUCGUUACGUGAUCAAUUAACGAUAAAAAAAUGGCCUCCGACGAAGACUGUAGUACUACCUUCACGUACCCUAUAAUGGACGACGCGACUUCGUCUCCCACAACUGCCAACCACUACAGCAAUUGCUUGUCCCCGUCCAGCUCCCCGUCGCCCCUUUUGCCGGGGCAGUACCAGCUCACCCCCAGGUACGAGUACCAAGACCAAGACAUGAUCCCUGCGUCGCAGGUGCUUCCCCAAGUCCUGCCAAAAAGCCAGGAGAUGUGGGGUGACAUGAGUCAGGGGAUUUACGCCGACUACCGGUACGAAACGAACCGAUUUAACAACGAUUACAUUCGGCAAAGUUACGCGGAAACUAUGCCCGUGUUUACGCAAACUAGGACUAAUUUUGUGCCGAAAAUAGGUGCACAAGGACAAAAAGUGCCCAAAGAAGCGAGGAUUAGGCGGCCGAUGAACGCGUUCAUGGUGUGGGCCAAAGUGGAAAGGAAGAAAUUGGCCGACGAAAAUCCGGAUUUGCAUAAUGCCGAUUUGAGCAAAAUGUUGGGCAAGAAGUGGCGCUCUUUGACGCCGCAAGACAGACGGCCUUUCGUCGAAGAAGCCGAACGACUGAGAGUGAUCCACAUGACUGAACACCCCAACUACAAAUACAGACCGCGACGGCGGAAGCACAACAAGCAGAGGGCCACUUCCGGUGCCGGAGGCCCCCGGGUCGGAACCUCCUUACCCAGCCCCAGUCUGCCCAACAUGUCGCCAAGGUACGCGGGCUACAUUCCCAACGCGAGUCUUUCGCCCAACAUUCAGCAGCAGAACAGCUACGGAAUGGACUUCCCUAGUCCCGGAACUGCCGACUUCGCAGCGCAGGACAAGAGAUACAGUCCGGAUACUUUCAAGUACCACAACCAGUACAACUAUGUGGGGUACCAGAACUACCAGAAGAGUCCCUAUUCGAUUCAAACGCCAGAUGCGUCUCCCUCACACAGUCCCGAGCCGAAGAAAGGGCCGAAUAGUCCGCAGGAUUGUAGCAAAGACAGUCCGCGGGAAGAUGCGUCCCUCCCUACACCGGAACUGAGUCCAAUGGAGCACGAACAGUUCGAGGAGAAAAGAGUGUCGAGUAUACAACAUACAAGUAACUUGACUAACCCGGCGCAGCAGAGUUACAACACAAGAGUACAAAACUACAGACCUAAUAGUACCAACUACACCAACAUCCAACCCAUCACUUCGGUACCAAUGGCGAACGGGAUGUACGUGAUGAGUGCUAAUAAGAGCUCAGUGGAGCAGGGGCAUGUGGUCACUGGGACGUUUUACCCACCCGUGGCUACGUCCCAGGACCAACAACUGCUGGGUACGAACCAAAACAAUCUCAACACUGUUGCCAACAACACGAAUUUGCAUUACUACAACGCGUCCAUGCAACAGUACUACCCCAGUACCAACACCGGGUACGACCAAGACCAAACCAAGCCAGACACGUUCCUAACUUAUCAAAAUCCUCUCAAAUCGGACGUCGUGAACGAAAAUAUCAACAGUUACAAGUCCGGGGGCUUGGACGAGUCGUACCAACCGCAGUACUCCAGCAGCACCCUCGUGCAGUCGUACAUGGGUCAGGAGGAGCGAAGCGACGUCGACAGCGAUGUGGACACUCGAGAGUUCGACAAGUACCUCAAGUUUGGCAGUACCGAGUCGAAUAUGAUCGACUCGAAUCACAACUACCACAGGAACGACAAUAUCAAUUCGAACGUGACUUACAACUUCCAAGCCCAGCAUACGUCUGUGAUUUUGCCCAACACGAGUGUCAAGCCCGAGCCGCUGUUGGGCUACCCCGAGGUGUACGAUAUCGGUCAGAACGGCGUCGUCGCGAAGAACGAUGACGAUUUUAGUGAGAUUCUGGCGGACGUCCGGAAGACGUGCUACAGUAACUGACGGUGCAAUUUGAGAGUUUAGUUUUAUUCGAAUUGUUGUUUUAUGGCCAGUUGUUGUCGAGUUGUUGACGUCAAGGAGAUGAUUUAACCCAAAAGUUUCGGAUUAGAGCAAAUUCCACUGUACACAAGUGUGGUGUUUAAUUUUCCAUUUCGGAUUAGGUUGUUAAAUUUACGGUUUUGUAAUAAUUUUAGUGGUGCGCAAACAGAUGCUUUAAAUACUCCGACGAGAUCUUUGUUCUCUUUGUGUUAAUUGUUACUUUCGCAGAGUGCCUUAUCAUGAUAUUAUAUACAAAGUUGGUGUAAAUUUUCGCCUAAUUUUAGUGUAAAUUAUUCUAUGCAUAGAGAUGAUUAUAUGUUUUGUACAAUAUUAUUUAAGACUGGCUAUUUUUGUAUCAAGUCGAGACAAUAAAUAAACAAUGACAAUCAGCGCGAGACACGUCACUUAAUAUUAUUAUGAAAACUUUUAUCUCAGUGUUUUACCAAUAUUUGUUCACACAAACUUAAAUAGGAUCUAAGGUUAAGCUGUUUAUAUACCUAUUUAAUUAUGUGAAAGAGAUUUCUUACAAAAAACCAAAGUUUGUAAAUUAUGUAUGAUAGUACUCUAGUUAUCGGCUAUUCAAUUGUAAAUACCUAGUUAUUACGUCAUCAUUGGGAAAUAUAUCAUUAUUUAAUUA